AUAUAUUUGUGCCAUUCAACAGAACCAUGUCCACAUCCUCCUGCAUACUUAGGCCAGACCCCACAUAUGAACCUCGUUAGUAUCUGUUCUGUAUUUGCAGCACGCAAUGAAUCCAGUGAGAAGGCGGCGGUCACGAUAGCAAGACUGUGCUCCAGGUAAGUACAUCAGUGUCUUUAAGUGCGCUCCUGCUUCUCUGCAUUUUCUCUAUGCGCUGUCUCUUCAUCCUAACAGCGUUCCUGCUUUAUCUGUAAGUUCUUAUGCCUGCGGUGGCUUAUCUUUAUGGCGGGUCUGAGAACUCCCCAACGCCCACAACAGCCUCUCCGCACAAAACCCGUGACCACCAGCUGCCCUCCUCUGCUGCGAGGGGGAGCGCAGUCGUGCUGCCACCAUGGCAGUGGACAGCCUGACACAGAAGAUUCUUGUCUAAGGCGGAGUUCUGAAUGCGACGGGACGCUCGGAGCGGGCAGGGUGGAGGAGCGCGGGGUGCCGCCCUGCUCCCGCCCCUGCUGUGUCCGUCCCGUCCCGUUCCCGCCGGGCCCGACCCCGCCAGCGAGCCCGACCCCGCCCGGCCGCCGACUCGCCCCUCCUUCGCGGUGCUCGCUGCCGCGCACGGGGCUCGAAAGAUGGAGGACUACGGGCGAUUCUUGGCGCUGCUGGGCUCUGCGCUGCUGGUCGGCUUCGUGUCGGUCAUCCUCUCCCUCGUCUGGGUCUUCCACUACCGCGAGGGGCUGAGCUGGGACGGCAGCGCGGCGGAAUUCAACUGGCACCCCGUUCUCGUCAUCACGGGCUUCGUCUUCAUCCAGGGCAUCGCUAUUAUUGUGUACAGAUUGCCCUGGACCUGGAAGUGCAGCAAACUCCUAAUGAAGUUCAUACAUGCUGGAUUAAAUACCAUUGCUAUGAUUCUUGCAAUUGUUUCUAUGGUAGCCGUGUUUGACUUCCACAAUGCCAAGAACAUUCCUAACAUGUACAGUCUGCACAGCUGGAUUGGGCUGACUGCUGUUAUAUUUUACUCUCUCCAGCUUUUCUUGGGUUUUGCUGUCUUUCUGCUCCCGUUUGCUCCAGUUCAUCUCCGUGCAGCUCUCAUGCCAAUACACGUUUAUUCGGGUCUUGCCAUCUUUGCAACAGUGAUUGCAACAGCUCUCAUGGGAAUCACAGAAAAGCUGAUAUUUGCAUUGAAAACUCCUGCAUACAGUGCAUCCCCACCAGAAGCAACUUUGGUCAACUCUCUUGGUCUUUUGCUUGUCGUAUUUGGUUCACUUAUUUUGUGGAUGGCAAGCAGGCCCCACUGGAAGCGGCCCCCAGCAGAGAACGCUAAAAUUCUGAGGCCUGUUGGAGCAACUCCUGAAGGCACAGAAGUGGAAUCCACAAUGACAAACAGCAGUAAUGCAGACAAAUCUGACCUGAGGAGCAAUACUGACGCAGCCAGAAAACAAAACAUGAAAUUAGAUGACGCCGGACAAAGGUCAACUAUGUAAAGAAAAUACAAAGAAUAAAAGUACCAUUAUACCUCCAAAUUCCCCCUGGUGAGGGUCCUUCUGAUUUAGUUAUAUGCAUAUGUAAAUAGGUUGGGGGUUCAAUUUUAGUAUGGCUUCCUGAAAGCUACUCAAGUUUUCUGCAUAUGGAUUUAAAUUCUGUAAGUCCCAAACAUAUUUUAUUGGUCCAUGACUAGUCUAUGCCUUGUUUAAAAAAACAAGAGCAUGAAUGACAUCAUGUAAUGGGAAAAUCACAGAACAGGAAACUGUUUUUCAUAUCACUUCUUAAUUUGAUGCUUCUAUCUCUUAUAGUCAAGAAAAAUUUAACAAGAUUCAGAGUAAACUUUGCUCUUGAGUGAUUUUGCAGGUUAUGAAUCAGCCAUGAAGUAGACCAGACAAAAAAUUUCAUUUGUCACACAUAAAUAUUCCUGUAAUGUUCACUUUUAUAAAGCUCUGAUUUCUCUAGCUGAUUAACCCCCUCACCAGCUGCUAUGUUCUAUGGGAUUUGAGGUCAUUCCGCACUUUACAGAGUUGCUUCAUAAAAAUGUUUAUUCUAAAAUUUUUAACUUAAAAAAAGGAAUUAAAAGUUUGCUUGAUAUCUUCAUAAAAUGUUAUGUGUCCUUUAGAAAUUUCUGCGGGGUUUUGGUCUUGUUUUUUUAAAUCACAAUGUAUCUAUUGACCUUUUAACAAAUUCUACCAAAUAUACUGUAUACGGACAAUAUUUGGCUUUUUUGCCAGUUAUGUGCAAUUAUUUUUGAAAUCUAAGGAAAUUUUAAGACAACCAAAUGCAGAAUUCAUCUUCUUUGAAAAGCUAUAGAAAUGCACUUAGAAAAAUGUAUCACUUAAACUAAGUCUUCCUUUUAUCUCAGAAAGCAGCAUUUUAGUAUCUUUAUUUGAUUGCACAGUUCUGUUGAUUGAUGGUACUAGACUAGAAAUUAGGAGGUUAGAAACCAGAAAAAUCUGCUAUCAGUCUCACAGAAAAAAAAAAAAAAGCUUCACAUGAGAAAUGCUUUCUCCAAGACACAGGUGAGCUUUGCUGUUUUAAUAAAAUGCUACCUGUUAACUGAGAGCAAAUUUGGGUAUCUCCACACCGACAUCAAGAGCAUUAUUAUCAUAGGCAUAAGACAUGCUUUAGUCUAUAGGCAAUCAAUACAAACUCUAUGAGCUUUUAAUUUGAAAUUACAGUUUUAAAUAAUGCAUUUUUCUCUAAAUAAUGAAGAGUUCCUACUGGCACUUUACUUCUAUAGCUCUUUCUAGCAAUUGAAGUAUUAAUGUAUUAUGCUUAUUCAUUAAUUUUACAGAUACAAACAAUAUUUAUACUUUUACUACUAUAGAAGAAUAAUUACAUUCUGCACAUGUCUGCACAUGUGCGUAUGCCCAAAAUGAUAAGCCAUUCUAUUAUCUCUUGGAAAAGCUGCAGAUCCCACUAGAAAUACAAAUUUACCACUGUUCAUUUUGAAAUAUAGAGAGUUUCAGACAGUAUGUAAUUUCCUAUUUUUUAAAUUCUACAUAGAUUUUUAUCUACUUCAGCUUUUUAAAACAUUACAUUUCCCUUCCACAAAUAUGUCAUUUUUGUAGUUCACCGUGUGUUAGGACAAACUAUUUUGGACAUGAGUUAUUUGGGUCAUCUCUGACAAGAAGCACCUCAGUUCCUGUUAUUUGAUUUGCAAUAAUAUUUUAUUAUUUGGUGAAGGCAGUACAGAAAGCUAGCAUAAUAAAAUAUUUUAAAAUCUUUUCUGCUGUACCAUUUGGUACUCAAGGAUUACAUCCCAGAGUUCUAUGUGUUCACCUAAACACAAACCUAAAGGUUUGUGGAUGACUGGGACCAACCUCACAUUGGUGUAUUUUUCCACUGUAGAAAAUGCCUGCUUUUAAUGCACAAUUCAGGUAUGACAGAAGGAACAGUAACCUAAACUACUAAACUAUUGUGUGAGCGCUUCUCCAGUACCACUGUGAGGAAUGAAUCAAACAGUGAAGCCUGACAGGGGAAGUGAAUAAAUGAGCUCACUUGCAGUAAUUUACUAUGCAGCUUUCUACACUGCACUCACACAGGGAACAGCGUUUGAAAUUGUUUUGUAUUGGCCUGUUACUGUGUCUCAUCCACCUGUGAAAAUGAGUUCACUCAAUCCUUGCAUAGGACCAGCUCACAUAAUAAAAGCAUUUGUUUGUAUGGAGGGUAGUCAGUCCCCAUGGGAUCGUUCUGGAAGAAACUAACUGUACAGUGUGCUGGAAAAAACCACAAAAUCUGUGAUUUCUUUUGUUACAGCACUGCAUUGAAUGUACGAAAUGAACAACUUUCAGGUAGUUGGUUCUAUAUGCUGGUAAAGUUAAGCUAUAAUAACCAGUAUGCCUCUUGGUUCCCAUUGUAUUCCAUGUACUGUUCAAGGGGAAUGCUACUUGAAAAAAGAAUGGUGGCAUUUCCUUACUUCUCUGCUCUCAUGAAGAGCAAGGUGUGAGUAACACCAGAGUUGUGGGUUCAAACCCCAUAUGGGCAAUUUGCAUAAGGGUUGGGCUCGAUGAUCAUUCUGGGUCCCUUCCAAUUCCAACCAUUCUGUGAUUCUGUGAUAUAAAACUGAAAAUCAAGGAUUAGCAGCCUUUGAGGGGAGCCUCCCAGAACUUGAUUUUGGUUUUCAACUGAGAGGUUAAACAUGAUAGUACAAAUUAAGCAGAAGCUGGAAGAUCCCAUUUGGGGAAUUUAUAAUCAGUGAUAUCUCACGUGCAUGAACUGUGGGAUGUUGGCUGCUGAUCUUUGGAAGGUCCCCAUGAGCUGCAGUAGCUGUGAGCUCCUAAACCUUGAUCAACCUCGGUGUGUGCCAUUGAAAACUGACAAAACAUACUAUAGACUUUUGACUUAACUCCAAACUGAUUAAAAAGGCCUCUAAGUAUCCUUACCAAAAAAAAAAAAAAAAAGAGUUCAGUUCAAUGCUAAAUAAAAAGACAUAGGUGUUUGGAAGUAAUAGUCCUAAACCUGCUCCUCAACGUGGCCUUCCAUUAACUUUCCUUCCAUGCAAAUUUUCUUACCUGUAUUUAUGAGUAAUAUAAAUGCAAUAGCAACACAGGAAAUGAAAAAUGUGUAUUUUCAAAAGUACAAAUGGAAGGUAGAACUUUUGCUUUUUCAUUGGGAUUUUUCUGCAUGUUUGGAAAUCACCUAAUGGUUGUUUUUACAAGAACAUGAUUGUAGAGCUUACAUUCCAGGUUUGGAUUCCUAUAAAAAACCAACAAGUUAAAAAACCUAACAUUGAAAGUGCUAUCUUGUUGAGAUGCCUGGGGAGAAAAAUACUGUAUUUACCUUCUGUCAUGCAGCACCAUGCACAGAAGCAGAAGAGUGUUUUUUCCAGCAUUAAGGAAACUGACAAAUGAUGGUGCAAAUUAGAUUCUAAAAUUGAAUGUAAUUACAUGUGUAUUUCUUACUACAUGUAACCAAGAAUAUUGCAUACAAUAAUGUAAAUAUGGAUGACUUGUUUACAUAGAUAUUUUAUUGUGUGACUAAGAGAUAUUGCCAAAUAUUUUCUAUUUCAGAAGUCUCUUUCUCUUGCUUUUAUUUCAGAAAAUUCCUUCCUCUGUUUUUAACUGUUCACAAGAACUUAAAAAAUAUUUUAAUAUCCAAGGUACUUAUUUGUAGAUGAGAGCAAAUAUUUAAUUACAAUGUCUGUUUUCCUUAUUCUUUUUUUAUAUACAAAUAAAAAUGAUUUUUUGAGUUUGUGA